GCGAAAAGGGCUUUCUCUCCCUCCCCAGCCCCACCUCCUUCUGCGUUUGCUCUUUUCUUCGGAGUGGGGACGGGUGUGGCUCUGCCUCUGGCCAACGGGGAAGCCUCGGAUCGGGUUCAUCGGUGAAGUGCCCCGCUUCGCGCUGUGCCGCACCCACUAGGCUAAGCGGUCUGCUGACUCAGAUGGCAUCGGGAUGGCGCGAUGGGGGGCGGGGGCUUCCUCGCCAGACGUUGCCCCGAUUCUAGCCGUGUAAAGCGGGAGUGGAGAGCCAGCCGAUGGGGAAAAGAGAGCAACUCCUAAAGGCGUGAAAGCACCCGCUCUUUGCGCGCCCGCAAAACACCCGUGGAAAGGGUGGCCUUGCAACUCCUAGCGCAUCGCCCGGCUCUUGAGCGAGACGCUCACCUUGCCCGUCUUCUCUUUUACCCAAGGUAUCUGCUAGAUUUUAAAAGCUUGUCUUUCCAAGAGACAGCCUAACUUCUCAAUGGACCGUGAAUCCCGGUUCUGCCCUAUACUUGCUAUCACGUCCAGCCCUCGGUGCGACCUGUCACAGAUUAAAGAAAUCCCUUGGACCAGGAACUCGAGGUCUUCCUGCUUGCUGCGAUGUGGGUUAGCUCCUGUACCUUGCUGCAUCUGGUAUCCUGUCUUGCUGGUAUUCUGCUUCACUGUCUUGCCUCAGCAACACAGGUCUCUUGCUUGAUCCAGUACCCACAUCCUGCCUGAUCUCUGCUUGAUCCAGUCCCUGCCUUGCCUUGCCCGGGUUUGCUACCUUACUGUUUGCUACAACUUUGCUGCUCCUGUAUCCUGCCAAGUUAUCCUGCCUCAGCUGAAAGAGGGAGGAUAGGGAGCCUUCCUUCUCAGGGAACUAAUUGCCAUGCGCUGUUUUCUGAGGCGUUCACUUACAAUGGCCAUCUCCCUGCUCGUGUUCCUGCUCAUCAUAAACCUGACUCCUUGGACCCAAGAAGAUUCUGAUGUGAAAGAGCUAAAGCAAUGGGCUCAGGAUGUGGGGCUAAACCAGCUUCAUGCAGACAGGAACUGGCAAAACCUUCAAAGGUUAGGCAAUGACACCAACUUCCUGAAUGUCUCUUAUCGCUAUCUUGCUGGUGUUCCCCCACACAAGAAAAAGUUUCUGACAGUCGGGUUGUGUUCUGUUAAGCGGAAGUGGAGCAACUAUCUCCUGGAAACACUGAGUUCUGUCUUUGAACAAUCAACACAAGAAGAACUGCAGGAAAUGAUUGUGGUGGUGCACUUAGCUGAUCCAGACCAGGAAUGGAACUCUCAGAUGGUGGAGAAAGUUGCCAAGCGUUUUGCUGCUCAGCUCCUCAUGGGCCGCCUGCUAGUUAUCCAUGCCCCUUCUGAGUAUUACCCUCCCCUGGCAGGACUAAAAAGGAACUUUAAUGAUGCUGAAGACCGUGUGCGCUUCAGGUCAAAGCAGAAUGUGGAUUAUGCCUACCUCAUGAACUUUGCUGCCAAUCUUUCCACCUACUACCUCAUGAUUGAAGAUGACGUUCGCUGUUCCAAGUCCUUCCUUACAACCAUCCGGAAGAGGCUGGCAUCCCAGGGGGACUCUUACUGGGUCACCCUGGAGUUCUCCAAGCUUGGCUACAUUGGCAAGCUUUACCACUCCAGCGAUUUGCCCCAGCUCGCUCGGUUCCUCAUGCUCUUUUACCAGGAGAUGCCGUGCGACUGGCUUUUUGUGCACUUUCGCCUUCUGCUUACACAGAAAGAAGUUAUUCGUUUCAAGCCAUCCCUCUUCCAGCACAUUGGCUACUACUCUUCCUUUCAGGGCACAGCAAACAAGUUGAAAGAUGAAGACUUUGAAGAGGACCUUUCUACCCUCCCUGACAAUCCCCCUGCGGAUAUGGUUACUGACAUUGCGACUUUUGGGAAUUACCUACCAUAUAAGGCCUACAGUAACAUGGCGAAUUUCUUUUGGGGCAAGGCCCCAUCUGCUGGCAAUUCAUUCACCAUCGUGUUUAAGCAGGCUACCCCCAUCUUCCGCAUCCAGAUCCAUACAGGCUGCAGGCAGCAUCCAGAGGACUAUCUCCAGGCUGGACUUGUGGAGCUGGGCACUCGAAAGAACCGGUGUGAUCUGCAUUGUGCCAGCUACACCCCCAUUGGACUCUUUAAGCAUGGACAGUUUGACAGAGAGGGCCUGGAGAGCAGCACAGCCUCUGCCCCUGAGUGUGUCCGCAUUGUAGUGACUAAAAAUCAGAGUGAAUGGCUGGUCAUAAGCAGCAUAAGCAUCUGGACAAAGUCUGGGCCUUGAAGGAUCAGGUUCUCUCAUAGUGUGGAAAUGCUGCUGCUUGGUAUCAUUCCCUCUUUGUACAAGAAUCCCAUGGGGAGAGGAAGAAGUGGAUUUUGCAUUGUUCAUCAUCAUAUGAGAGGCUAUAAAAUUCACAUCUUAGAUGCUUUUGAUCUAGAUAUCAUCCCAGAGUAUCAGUUACUCUCAAAGUAAUUUCUCAUAAUUUGGCCACUUGCAUUGUCUUCACCUGCACCUAUCAAUGAAGGGCCUCUGCUUGAAAACCCUCUUUUUUAGGCUGGGCUAUCUUGUGCCCUUCUUGCGUCCAGUACGCUCGGCUGAAUGUACAGUUUUUGCAAAUGGGUGGAGAAACAAUAGUAGGUCUUGAAACAGUAGCAAACCUAGUUCAUAAUCUCAGAAAUCUCCCAUAUUUACUUCCAUGAUUUGUAUCCUGGCUAUCUGCAAAAAAAAUGUCAAUGAAAGUAGCUUAUGGGCACCAUUAACAUUAAGGAAAGCAGAGUGGAGGCAAACCCAGCCUCCCUUGAGAGGGAGUUCCAAAGCUUGGGAGUAGCCAUCCAAAGCAUGAAUUUAUUAGAGAGAGAAAGAGAGAGAGUUGGUACCAACAUACUGGAGACACCAAACUCCAAGACUUCAGACAAUCUCUCCCAGUAGUUCCAUGUAUAGAUUAAGUAGAGCGGGAGAUAAAAGGAAAUGCUGAGGGACACUGCAGGCCAGUAGCCACAGCAUUGAACAGGCAUUCCUGAGCACCACCUUCUGGGACCACUUGUUUAAGAAGAAUAGGAAUCCCCAUGUAACAGUACCUCCCAGCCCUACCUCAGAUAAAUGCCUCAGAAGGAAACCAUGGCGAACGAUAGGGAAGGCUGCUGGAAGGUCCAGCAGAACUAACAGGGAUAUGUUCCCAUUGUUCAGCUACCAGCGUGGUUCAUCAAUCAAGACCACUAAAUCCUGUGUCCCAGAACCAGGCCAGAAACCAAAUUCAUAUGGAUCUAGAUAUGCAUUUGUACAUCAUGCUAACCUGGUAAUAAGCCACGAUGGGUUGGUUGUUCUGCAAACAAUCAUCCGUGCACCCAGCAGAUGAUCACAUUUACCAUGAGUUGUUGACCUGCUCACAUUUCCUUCCUCAUUGGUCCUUCCACAGAUAUACCAGGAAGCACUGGCAAGACCUACUUCUCACCAUGACUGCAAGCUGUGUUUGGCUCACCAGUGCUCUUUAUUGCAUUACCCACUACCUCCAUUGCUAAAUCCAGCUUGACAGCCAGUUCUUGACUUUUCUGUUUUGACAGCCACUGACCAUCCUUUUAAAGUGCCCAGGUGGCCCUUUGGAGGGGCCAUCAAUGGUGGCCAACUUGUACAAAAAUAUUUAUUUUUUAAAAAUCAUAGUGUGCAAAAUUCUUGUCUUUUUUAAAUUACACAACAGCACAUGAGUGUGAAGAUCAGGAGCCCCAGUUGGGGCAUGCCACAAGUGUACCUGCUCUCAAAGUGUAGCAGGUAUUGAUUCUGGACAUUGGCCCAAAGGGAGUAUCUUGACAGUGUAAAACAAAGAGGAUAAAAAAGAGAGGGGGGAAAGCUUAUGUAUGUCUCUUUCAAUUUCUUAGAGGUAAGGAAAAUAAAAUGUAAUUACAGUAAACAAAUAAUAAAAGGCAAACAGUCAAGCAAAGAUGCAAGGAUCUUUGCUCACAAAAAGGGGUGGUAAGAUUUAUACGCCCUUCACAAUGAAUGCCUCCUCCCUUUGCCCCUUAUCAGUGUGUUGAACAGUUCACAUUCUCCUAAGAUCCCUCCUUUUCUGGGAAAAAGGAAGUUUGACUGGUAGCUGCCCAGAUUUGCAGUUUGUCAGUACACUGGGUGGAUUUUGAUAGGAAAACAUGGCAGUGUGCUUCAUCCAGAAAUCUCAAGUUGGGAAGCCACCACAUGCUCCAGACCUUGUCCAUGAAUAGAAUGUGAGGGAUUGGCUGGAAAUUAUUCAGUUCAGUGGGGUUCAGAGGAGGAUGGAGGAUUUCUUUUUUAUGAAACAGCUUUGCACUGUCUCUCUUAGGCAAGGCAGAAUCACAUCUUGUUGUGAAGACGCAGUUACUGUUGUCAGCAAUGGCAUACCAGUAGGCCUUUGGACUUUUGCUGUCGAUAUGAGAGAUGAGCAAUCACUUUGCAGCCCCGCAGCUGGAUUAUCUAUGGAGCAGAGUCCAUCAAUUCCCUAACUCCUAGUCACCUAUACCUUUAAAAUUCAGGACAGUAACCCUACAAGUGACAAUAUACAUUUUUUUACAAAAGCUUCAUCUUUAGAGCCUUUUUCCCUACUAUAGCCACUUUAGUAUUGUAUUGAAUACUAAAUGAUUCAAAUGUUUUACUUCUAGAUAUGCAUUUUAACCAAGAAUAUGACCAAGAUACACACAAACAAAUUUUAUUUGAUUGUAAUUAAAACUAGCAUAAUAUAUAGACAACACUUGCACAGUCAAAUGUGAUCAGAGUAACUUCUGGUACUCUCAGGAGGUGAUAGAUGAGUUCCAGACGGGCAGCCUCCCCCAGCCUGGUGAUUUUCACAUAUAUGGAAAUACAAUUCUCAUCAUCCCUAGCUAGCCUAGCCUUAAGAAAAUGUUCACCUGGAACUGAUUCUCUUGGCCAACUUCAAAGCAAGGCCAGUAUAUCAAUGUCCUUGGAGAUGAGGAAGCUCAUUUCCUUCUGCUGCAGCCUGUUCUUAGCACCAGACUCGGCCAGGCAAACCUGUUGUGGCCCACAGGUGUUUCUUUGUGGCCUUCCGCUCUCGGCUUUCUCGACUUCUUCAGAAGAGAAUCUAGGCAAAUGGAGAAGUUUCCUUUGCGCUUCUAAUCUUUCCAGGAAGGGGGCUACUUCUCAAGAAUAAGGCUUAGAUUUACACCUUCAUAAUUCAGCAGUGUC